AUGUCUAAAGGUAAGGUUUGUUUGGCAUACUCCGGUGGUUUGGAUACCUCUGUGAUUUUGGCAUGGUUGUUGGAGCAAGGGUACGAAGUUGUUGCAUUCAUGGCCAAUGUUGGUCAAGAAGAAGACUUUGAGGCCGCAGAAAAGAAGGCUUUGCUUGUUGGUGCCACCAAGUUUGUUCUAGUGGACUGCAGAGAAGAAUUUGUCAAGGACGUUUUGUUCCCAGCUGUGCAAGUUAACGCUGUAUACGAAGAUGUGUACCUAUUGGGUACCUCUUUGGCCAGACCAGUGAUUGCCAAGGCCCAAAUUGACGUGGCCAAGCAAGAAGGUUGUUUUGCCGUUGCACACGGGUGUACCGGUAAGGGUAACGAUCAAAUCAGAUUUGAACUAGGGUUCUACGCCUUGAAGCCAGACGUCAAGGUCAUUGCUCCAUGGAGAGACCCAUCUUUCUUCAACAGAUUUGCUGGUAGAAAGGAUCUUUUGGCAUACGCUGCUGAGAAGAACAUUCCAGUGGUGCAAACUGCUUCCAAGCCAUGGUCUACCGAUGAGAACUUGGCCCACAUCUCCUACGAAGCCGGUAUUCUAGAAGAUCCAGACCAAACUCCACCAAAGGACAUGUGGAAGUUGAUCACCGACCCACAAGAUGCCCCAGACCAACCACAAGACUUGGACAUUGUGUUCGAAAAGGGUUUGCCAGUCAAGUUGACGUACAAGGAUGCCGAGUCCGGUAAGGAAAUCACAGCCACAACCCCAUUGGACAUUUUCUUGACCGCUGCCAAGUUGGCCAGAGCUAACGGUGUUGGCAGAAUCGACAUUGUCGAAAACCGUUACAUUAACCUAAAGUCCAGAGGCUGUUACGAACAAGCUCCAUUGUCCGUCUUGAGAAGAGCUCACGUCGACUUGGAAGGUUUGACUUUGGACAAGGAAGUCCGCCACUUGAGAGACCAAUUCGUCACCCCAACUUACUCCAGACUCUUGUACAACGGUUCCUACUUCACUCCAGAGUGCGAAUACGUCAGAUCCAUGAUCCAACCUUCCCAAAACACAGUCAACGGUACCGUCAGAUUGAGUCUAUACAAGGGUAACAUCAUCGUUCUCGGCAGAUACUCCACCACCGAAAACCUAUACAAUGCCGAUGAGUCCUCCAUGGACAUGCUAACCGGCUUUGAACCAACCGACACCACUGGUUUCAUCGCCAUUCAAGCCAUCAGAGUCAAGAAAUACGGUCAAUCAAAGGCUGACAAGGGCGAAGAACUAACCUUGUAA